UGUUCCUCGUGAACUCCACCCCGCAGCUCUUCACCUGCCCCGGGAUCACGGCGAGCUCCGGUGAGCGCAGGGGACGCUUCCAUGGCGGAGUCUCAGCUCCGGUGUCUGGAGGACGGGCUCAUGCCCCCCGCGGUGCCCGAGUCCCGGCCGCAGUUCUACUACAGCGAGCAGCACCGGGCGGCCCUCGAGCGCCUGAUCACCGGCGGACACGGAGCCUUCACGAGCCUCCUGAAGGACGAGGACGGACAAGACUUCCUGUCUGCGCGGGAGGUCAAGACCAUCACCGGCACCUUCGUCAAAUACCCGAGUGAGGAAGACGACGGAGCGAAGCGCGGGAGCAGAAACAGCUCCGGGUCAAUGCGCUCCACGUACUGGCCGCAGAUGUCGGACACCGAGGUUCCGCCGCUGGACCUGGGCUGGCCCUCAUCCGGGCUCUUCAAAGGGGUCACCCGGGUGUCGGUCUACACUCACCCGCCCAAAGAGAACAGCCCGCACAUCAAGGAGGUGACCCGCAAACUCAUCCAGGAGUCCAGCAAGGUCGUGGCGAUCGUGAUGGACCUGCUGACCGAUCUGCAGAUUCUGCGGGAUCUGUUUGAGGCGUCCAAGCGCGGUGUUCCCGUCUACAUCGUUCUGGACGAGCCGGGAGCGCCGCUCUUUCUGGACAUGUGCAGCCGGCUGCAGGUCGGACACAGAGAGCUGAAGAAUAUCCGGACUCGGACCGUGAAGGGAAUCGGGUUGAAUCUGUCCAUGGGGAGAAUCCCAGGAAACGUCCAGAGCAAGUACAUGCUCAUCGAUGGAGAUAAAGUCAUGUUUGGGACGUACAGUUUCUCCUGGAGCUCUUCUCGGAUGGACAGAAACAUGAUCACCGUGAUGUCGGGACAGGUGGUGGAUUUCUACGAUAACGAUUUCCGAGAACUUUACGCCAUCUCAGACAAACUGGACCUGUUUAAGCAGUUUCACAUGACCAAGCCUCAAACGGGAACCCUGUCCCGGGCCUCAGUGUCCAAACGCCCCGCAGCGGCCACUUCACGCUUCCAGGUCAAUCUCGGAGACGUGACGCGUGGAGAUGGGAAAGUGCCUGCACACAAAUACCACAAUCCCAAAUACCUGCUAGCGCUCGGACAGAUCCCGGGACCCACGGGGCCGCUGCAGGACUUCCUUAAUAAGAUGGAUCCGGAGCCGGAGCCGGAGCCGGAGCCGGAGCCGGAGCCGGAGCCGGAGAAUCCCACAGCAGACCUGGAGAACAUCACACCUGCUCCCUCUCCACCCGAGAAGAAAGAGUCCAAGAAACUCAGAAAACUGACUUUUAACACAAAGCGGUGGAGGAAAGGGAAGAAGGAUAAAACAAGUGACGCGGUUAUAGAAGAGAACGCUGCGAACCCUUCAGACGAGGCGUCGAAACACACGCUUCCCAGAGACGAGACGCAGGACAGCCUCAAGAAGAAGAAGAGAGGAUUCAGAUGCCUUUUUAUAAAAAGCUAACGCCAGCUGUUUGAAUUACAGACCACUGAAACCUGUUAACCCUCAUUCAGCCGUGUUUAGAGGACACAGGGUUCCUGAUGUGUUUGUGAUGCGAGCGAUGUGUAAACAGCUCAGUGUUCACGUGUGUGACACGACAGAGAAACCUGAGGAAGAAACCUCUACAUUACAUUAGGUUUCUCACAUCUGUCAUUCUGGAAGCGUGAGGAAAAAGGGAAAUAUGGUGCAUAAGGGUUUUGUAUU